AAAAAGAGAAGUACACGCAAUGCACCGCCCAUAAUAACACCCGGAAACAACUCACCAAAUAGUCAUCAGAAGCAUAAUCAUCCCCACCAGACAUAAAUCCCUCCACAAAUAACCGAAUCCAGAUAGGGAUUUCAAUUUCCUUAAUCCUCCAAACUCCAAUCCCAAAUCCCCAAUCAAUCAAACAACUCAAAACAGAGCACAAAACUCCAAAACAGAGACAGGUUUUUGGAUUGGGGGAAGGAAGGUCACCUAGUUUUGGAGGGACGCAUACCCAAAAUCUGGCAAACCUUGGAGGGCUGAGGCCUCGUUUGCCGUUGAAGCAACCCAACAAUACAUACGACGACGACGAGGAGUGUAGGCCUUGGCGUCGCAGGCUUUCUAUGGCUCUCUCUUGGGGCUCCGCGCUAAGGAUCACUCUCCUCCUCCUCCUUCUCGCCGCCGUUGCCACCGCCUGUUUCACUCUCCCUGUUGAAAAGAUUUUGAAGGACUUCUUAUUAUGGGUUGAACGGGAUCUUGGCCCUUGGGGUCCGCUUGUGCUGGCUGUUGCGUACAUUCCUUUAACGGUCUUGGCAGUACCAGCUUCAGUACUCACUCUCGGUGGUGGUUAUCUUUUUGGCCUGCCCAUCGGCUUUGUUGCCGACUCAAUUGGUGCCACUGUAGGUGCAGGGGCUGCAUUCCUUCUUGGCAGAACUAUUGGGAGAUCAUUCGUCAUUUCCAGGUUGAAGGAUUAUCCUCAGUUUCGUGCAGUUGCAAUUGCAAUCCGAAAAUCUGGAUUUAAGAUUGUUUUGCUGCUUCGUCUUGUUCCCUUACUUCCAUUUAACAUGUUAAAUUACCUCCUGUCGGUGACUCCUGUUCCAAUUGGAGAAUACAUGCUUGCUUCAUGGUUAGGAAUGAUGCCGAUAACAUUUGCACUAGUAUAUGUUGGAACGACUCUCAAGGAUCUUUCUGAUGUGACCCAUGGUUGGGGUGAAUUUUCAAAGACCCGUUGGGCUGUCAUCAUACUGGGCCUUGUUGUAUCCGUGAUUCUAAUGUUUCUUGUAACAAGAGUUGCCAAGGCUGCUUUGGAAAAAGCUUUGGCUGAAAAUGAGGAUCUUGAUAUCAUAGAGCCACCAGAGUUACCUGUUUCUGAUACUCCUGGUCAUCUCAACGAGCCGCUUUUAAUCAAGAUAGAUCCCUCCGAAGACCAUCAUGAAAAAUGAAAUCCAUGUUGUGUAAAUUCUUUAACCUACCUUCUCUCACAGUGCUAUGCCUAAUUUAUACUCCAGGAUGUGGUAAUUUUUAUCUACAACUUGUACAGUUCGGCUCAUCUUUCUAGAUUGUAACUUUGGACAAACACUACUUAUUUGACUACUAAGAUUGUGUUAUUUAAGUGUAGUUUGUUUUUCUAAGUUGAAAUAAAAUAGUAAAAGAAAAAUCAUUUGAGCACACAAAUUGAGUUCUUUACCUUGGUUUUCUGUAGCAACAGACAAUAAAUGAGUUGUUCUAUUUUGUGUUUGUUUUGCUUGCCUCAUUUGUAGCCAGAGUUGUAAGUUUUUGGCUUCUUUGCUGCAUUCUAUUCAAGAAUUCAUUUU